AAGUAUCGGCCAUCUCUAGGGAAUACAUAAAGGAAAAAAAUUAGUAAACAACAUUUUAUUGGAGGGAAAAGAAUUCUUCUGGCGGUGUUGAAAAAUGAGCGUGGAGGAUGAAGUAUUUCGGAUUCAGAAGAAGAUGAGCAAAAUAUCGAGCGAUGGCACGGGUCAGGAUCAGGCUUUGGAUUUGCUGAAGACGUUGCAAACUCUGAAUAUUAACCUGGAAAUUUUGACCAAGACAAGGAUUGGCAUGACGGUGAAUGAGCUCCGAAAGAGUAGCAAGGAUGAUGAUGUUAUUGCAUUGGCCAAAACGUUAAUUAAGAACUGGAAACGUUUUCUUGCCAGCCCGGCACCGGCUACGCCAAACAACAACAGUAGCAACAACAAUAGCUCUAGUUCCGGGGCUGGCAAAGAUUCCAGCAAAUCCUCAUCUUCAAGUGGCAGUAAAUCUUCAUCAAAGGAGAAGUCAAGCAGCAGCUCAAGUUCAUCUAGCAAGGACAAAGGCCGUGAUGAGAAGAGACCAUCGUCAUCCUCGUCACAGACAUCGUUCCCAUCGGGCGGUAUGACAGAUGCUGUACGCUUGAAAUGCCGUGAAAUGUUGACAACAGCCUUAAAAAUAGGCGAAGUUCCGGAAGGUUGUGCCGAACCCGAAGAAAUGGCUGCCGAAUUGGAGGAAGCCAUCUAUUCGGAGUUUAAAAAUACUGAUAUGAAAUACAAAAAUCGUAUACGUUCCCGUGUGGCCAAUCUAAAGGAUCCCAAGAAUCCUGGACUGAGAGGUAAUUUUAUGUGCGGUGCCGUUUCGGCCAAACAAUUGGCCAAAAUGACACCCGAGGAAAUGGCGAGCGAUGAGAUGAAAAAGCUACGUGAAAAGUUUGUCAAGGAGGCCAUCAAUGAUGCCCAAUUGGCCACCGUACAGGGCACCAAGACAGAUCUCCUCAAGUGUGGUAAAUGCAAGAAACGCAACUGUACCUACAAUCAAUUGCAGACCAGAUCCGCCGAUGAACCGAUGACCACAUUUGUAAUGUGCAACGAGUGCGGCAACCGAUGGAAGUUCUGUUAGGAUAACCAUUUAAUGAAUGAAAAAACAAAAAAACUAAUAUAUGUAUGUAAAUUUUAAUUUCUAUUACAUUGUAAAGACACACACAUCUACACACACAUACCACAAACACACACACACAAACAUUUUAUAAUUGCGAGUACUAAAAAAAGUAAAUUAAAAAAUAAUAAUAUGUCGCAUUUCACACCGACCACCUAAAAAAUUAUAAAUUUCAAUAAAUAUUUAACUAUUAUUGAUGGUAAAA